CAAACUGAUUACUUUUACUAAAUUAAUAAUUUUUAAAUAGAUCGUUAAACCAAAACAGGAGACGGUAAGUUUAUGUAUACAGAAAUGAUAUUCUCUGAAUAUUAAUUAAGAAACUUGCAUAUUUUGUGAAUUAUUUAAUUGGUAUAGUCAAAGGAUGGAUAGGUUGCAUAUAUAGAAAUCAGAAGUUCCGUGAACAAAUUUUGAGAGCUUACAAAAAGAAUAUCAAGGAGAAUAAUGGAGAAUGAAGAUUUCUUGAGAAGUACUGUUCAUGGAAGAGAAGACAGACACGAGGAGACGAGAAAAUAUGUUUCGUCCCACGAUGGUUCUCAUGAAGAACAAGACCAUAUAAUAAGAUCCAAGUUGAACUCAAUUAGAGUCGAAAUGGAGGAGGCUAAAGAGGAAAAUCGAAGGCUAAAGUCAUCAUUGAGUCGGACAAGAAAGGAUUUUGAGAUCCUGCAAACACAAUACAACCAAUUAAUGGUGAAACAUGAAGACUGGACAAAUAAGUUCUCACCGAAAGGCCAUCAUCAAGACAAAGAAGAUGAAGAUAAAGUAAACAUUAGAGAGCGCGAGGAACUUGUUUUGUUGAGCCUAGGUAGACGGUCAAAAUCACCGGUUCCAAGUGGCUCAAUGACGAAUCAAGACGAAAAAGGGAAAGGCUUAAUGGAUGAAACUGGUGAUGGCAAAAACAUUGAUGAACAUGAUGAAGGGUUAAGUAUGGGAUUUGAAUACAAGGAUUUGAGUAAUCCUAGUGAGAAGUUAGAGAUUGACCAUAGUCAAGAAAAGACGUCCUUGGAGGUUAAUAGCAGUAAUAAGAUCCCAUCAGAGAAUAGUUUUGGGUUUAAGAAUGAUGGAGAUGAUCAUGAAGAUGAAGAAGAGCUUUUACCUCAGAACCUUGUUAAGAAAACUAGGGUUUCUGUGAGAUCAAGAUGUGAGACACCCACGAUGAAUGAUGGAUGUCAAUGGAGGAAAUAUGGUCAGAAAAUAGCUAAAGGGAAUCCAUGUCCUCGAGCUUACUAUCGUUGUACCAUUGCACCUUCUUGUCCCGUAAGAAAACAGGUACAAAGAUGUUCAGAAGAUAUGUCUAUUCUUAUCUCAACUUACGAAGGAACACACAACCAUCCACUUCCCGCGUCAGCAACCCCCAUGGCAUCCGCCACUUCCACCGCAGCCUCCAUGCUCAUCUCCGGAGCCUCCUCCUCCGGCGCAGCCGAUCUUCAUGGCCUUAACUUCUCUCUAUCCGGCAACAGCAUCACUCCGAAACCCAAAUCACCGUUCCUCCAAACCUCUUCUUCUCCUUCUUCUUCAGGCCAUCCCACCGUCACUCUCGACCUCACUGCCUCCUCCUCCUCGCAGCAAACGUUCUUAUCAAUGCUCAAUAGAUUCAGUGCUUCUCCUAGUAAUGUCCCAAGAUCUAAUAGUUAUCCUUCGACCAACCUCAACUUCUCAAACAACACCAACACAUUGAUGAAUUGGGGUGGUGACAGUGGUAGUGGUAAUCGCAAUGAGCAAUACCGUGCAGCUUUCGGUAACGUUGGCACCCCUCAGCAGUCACCUUACCGCUAUAUGAUUCAAACUCGAACCACCGGGUCAUCUUUUGACCCAUUUGGGAGAUCGUCUUCAUCUUCUACAAAUCCUACUCAUCAAAUGCAGUCUUUACCGGCGGAAACAAUCAAGGCGAUCACGACUGAUCCAAGUUUUCAAUCGGCUCUUGCGACUGCUCUUUCUUCCAUCAUAGGUGGCGAUUUAAAGAUGGACAAUGUAACUAAAGAUGAAGCCGGGAAGAGCCCUUAAAAAAAGUGAUCUAUAUGUUCUUUAUAUAAAUAUAUAAUACCCAAUAACUUCGUAUAUGGAUCUAGUUUUACUAGUUUCCUAGGUCAUAUAUAAUUUGGUUGCUUAAUCAUAGUUUUAAUUUGUUGUUGGAUUUUAUGGAAGAAAUGUGUACAUAUGAAACCUUUUUUAUGCUAAAGGAGUGCACAUCAAACUUUUUUUUUGGACAACAGAGGGCACAUCAAACUUAAAACGAAUAUCUAUUCUAUUAAAACAGCAGUGUGACCCAUUGAUAAAAGUUAUUGAUAAAAGUUAUGUCCAACUUAUAAUUUCAACAAUACAUACCACUUUAAUAUAAAAGCAUCGUAAUAUAUAUAUAUAUAUUUUUUAUGUAACCACCACUUAAAUUGCCUACUAAUUGGUAACCACUUUUUGUAACUGCAUCCAAAUAUCUUUUUUUUUUAUGUAACCACCACUGUUUUUAUUGUUCAAAUCCCAGCAUUUUUUUCGAUGAUGUUCAUGUAUUUCACCGAACUUGCUCUUUUGUUUUUCCCAACUUGCUUUUCUCUUCAUCUGGAAAUAAUAUCCUCAUCAUCCUCAAUCUAUCAGGAGAGCCUUUCACGGGUAUUAGAUUGAGCUUUUUUUUUGUAACUGAGAUAGAGCUUUUCUUAUGAAGAUUGAAUCAAGAGAUGUUGUGCUUUCUUCA